AUGCAUUCUCUGUAUUUUUCAAACGCGUUUAAUGUUUGGCCUCCGACGGUCACCGUGGUUUUGGUUUCGCUUUCAUGCGCCGUCACCAUAGCAACGACUCACAACAUCCCAGCUGACAGUCAGAUGUAAAUAUUACACCAUAACCUUUCAACAGCCGCGGAUAAUGGCAGAAAUAUGACCGAUUAUAUUUUAUUACUACAGUAUUAUUGCGUUGCUCUGCUGCAGUGCUCUGAACGUUGGAAUGAUGAAUGAUCAUCUCCAUUUGAGCCUCGACUGUGAAGAAGGAGCCGUAAAAUCUGCAUCCCUGAACGACAUGCUGCACAUGAGCAGAAGAGGACUGAAGGACAUCUCAGCUUCUGUGUUACAGAUGACGCAUCUAAAGAGUUUGUAUCUGGAGGGUAAUGAGAUCAGCGGGUUUCCUGAGCAUUUCUUCAGCAGUUUUCCGUCUCUUGUCUGGUUGGAUGUGAGGAACAAUCAGAUCACAGCUCUUCCAGUCGCUGUCGGCCAGCACAUGUGCUUGAAGACAUUACUUUUGGAGGGCAAUCCGAUCACAGAGCUUCCCCCAGAGCUGGGUAAUCUGAUCACGCUGAAGGCCUUGAGCCUGAGGAACUGCCCUCUCACAUUCCCUCCCCGAGACGUCCUGGACCGUGGCCUGCCGCAGAUCCUCCACUACCUGCGCCGCUCUCAACUAGGUGAAGAAUCAGAGGUGGAGAAGCUGCAGCUGCGUCUCUCCAGCCUGGAUGUGUGUGAGGAGGACGAUCCAGACAUACAGCACUUUCAGGAGCUCCGGCACAGGAUCAUCCAGAUGGAGAGGGAUGAAUUAGGGGCCGCCGACCCCAACAGACCGACCAGAACCCAGAGAAACGAGUGGACGAGAGGAACAGAAGCCCAGAGCUGGAGCAGGACAGACCAGAUGAAACAGAGACAGACAGUCCAGGAGCUGCUGAGGGAGCAGAGAAAUCAGGCCAGAGUCACGCGGAAAGACCUGGAAGAUCAGCCGGGGAGAAGAAGAGACGAGGGUGUGAAGACUUCCACAUCCUCACAUCGGACCCACACAACAGAGACACGUGAUUGAUGGAGUGCAGGAGAAACUGUGUUUAUACUGACAUCAUGUGGAGACGAGGUUGCGUUUCGAUCUUUCAGAGAGGCAAAAGAAGAGAAGUCACAGUUCACAAGAUGCUUUUCUGAAUGGCUUGAAUAAACACAGUUCUCCACUUGAGCAGCAGGUGGCGCCGCUUCCACCAUCAUCCUCU